AUGAUAAGCUUUGGACAUAGACAGAGUCAAGCUGAUAACACCUUGUUCGCAAAGACGAAAGGUAACCAGGUCACUGCUCUGAUUUUCUACAUUGACGAUAUUGUGAUUACUGGUAACAAUGAUGAGGAGGUCUUCAACCUUAAGGCCUUACUAGCAGCAGAAUUUAAGACUAAGGACCUAGGACCCCUUCGGUAUUUCCUUGGGAUCGAAGUGGCUAGAUCUAACAAUGAUAUCUUCAUUUCCCUAAGGAAGUAUGUUUUGGAUCUCCUUAGUGAAACAUGUAUGCUUGGGUGCAAGCCUACAUAUGCCCCUAUGGAGGUCAAUUAUCAAUUAAGAAGUGCAAUAGGUGACUCUGUUGAUAAAGAACAGUACCAGAGACUUGUUGGCCGUUUGAUCUACCUAUCCCACACCAGACCUGAUAUUGCUUGUGUUGUGGGUAUAGUAAGCUGUUUUCUUCAUGAUCCCAGGACACCUCACCUUGACGUUGUGUACCAGAUCCUACGGUACUUGAAAUUUGCUCCUGGAAAGG